CCAAAUGAUUGAUGCAAAUUUAAAUGUUAUGUUGGGGUGGGGUUUUUUUCUAAUUCCUGACAGGAACGUCUAACAAAGAGGAUGGAAGAGGUCAACCUACUCAAUCAAAGUUCUUUAGUGGCAUAUUUUCGGCUUAGAGGUUUAUCUGUAAAUCAGAAGGUGCAGAUGGCUGUGUUUUCCAUGUUCCUCGUUUUCUAUGUCCUGACACUGAUUGGGAACAUCCUCAUUGUCAUAACUAUUAUCUAUGACCGCCAGCUCCAUACCCCCAUGUAUUUCUUCCUCAGCAACCUGUCCUUUAUUGAUGUCUGCCACUCCACUGUUACCGUCCCCAAGAUGCUGAUAGACACUUGGUCAGAGGAAAAGCUCAUAUCUUUUGAUGCCUGUGUGACCCAGAUGUUCUUCUUACACCUCUUCGCCUGCACAGAGAUCUUCCUCCUGACUGUCAUGGCCUACGAUCGGUAUGUGGCCAUCUGUAAACCCCUGCAGUACAUGAUAGUGAUGAACUGGAAGGUAUGUGUGCUGCUGGCUGUGGCCCUCUGGACAGGGGGGACCAUCCACUCCAUAGCCCUGACCUCCCUCACCAUCAAGCUGCCCUACUGUGGUCCUGAUGAGAUUGACAACUUCUUCUGCGAUGUACCUCAGGUCAUCAAACUGGCCUGCACUGAUACCCACAUCAUUGAGAUCCUCAUUGUCUCCAACAGUGGGCUGAUCUCCGUGGUCUGUUUUGUGGUCCUUGUGGUGUCCUAUGCAGUCAUCCUGGUGAGUCUGAGGCAGCGAAUCUCCGAGGGCAGGCGGAAGGCCCUGUCCACCUGUGCAGCCCACCUCACCGUUGUCACACUGUUCCUGGGACACUGCAUCUUCAUCUAUUCCCGUCCAUCCACCAGCCUCCCAGAAGACAAAGUUGUGUCUGUGUUCUUCACUGCUGUCACCCCCCUGCUGAACCCCAUUAUCUAUACCCUUAGGAAUGAAGACAUGAAGAGUGCCUUGAACAAGUUAAUGGGGAGGAAGGACAGAAAAGAAGAAAAAUGAAAAUGUCUAAGUCUUUAGGAUGUUUGGUGCCUUCCAAAUCAAAGAAAUGCUUUGCAAAGAAUAAGUUACAUG